AUGUCGAUUAAUUGUGGAAUUGAUAGUGAUGGAGGAGGAGAUAGACAUGUGCACUGUCAAAUCGAGAUGAGUAAAAUUGUAUGUCCUAAGAACCUAACUCCAGGAUUAUCUGCAAAAAACAUUACAGACACAAACACAAAUCAACAAAUAGCCACAGUUCAACUUCCAGACCGCGGAAGUUGGAGCUCGAAAUUGGAUUUUAUCUUAUCUGUCGUUGGAUUAGCGAUUGGUUUGGGAAAUGUAUGGCGUUUCCCAUAUUUGUGCUACAAAAAUGGAGGUGGCGCGUUUAUACUUCCCUACAUCAUUACAUUAUUCCUAGCUGGCAUUCCAAUGUUUUUUAUGGAGCUAGCACUUGGCCAAAUGUUAACCAUCGGUGGAUUGGGGGUAUUUAAAAUUGCACCAAUUUUCAAAGGAAUUGGUUAUGCUGCAGCCGUUAUGUCCUGCUGGAUGAAUGUGUAUUACAUUGUUAUAUUGGCUUGGGCUGUAUUUUAUUUCUUCAUGUCGAUGCGAGCGGAUGUACCAUGGCGUACAUGCAACAAUUGGUGGAAUACAAUAAAUUGUGUCAAUCAGUACGAACGAAAAAAUUUACUUUGUUGGGAUAAAAUCGUUAAUGGCACUACUAACAAAGUUUGCAAUGUAGCUGCCACGAAUAUUUCAUCUUUGGAGCUUACGGAUCCAGUUAAGGAAUUUUGGCAGCGCCGGGCUCUACAAAUAUCGUCUGGAAUUGAGGAAAUAGGCAGCAUUCGCUGGGAACUCGCAGGUACUCUUCUACUUGUUUGGAUAUUAUGCUAUUUUUGUAUUUGGAAAGGAGUCAAAUGGACAGGAAAAGUGGUCUAUUUUACCGCACUAUUUCCAUAUGUACUACUAACUAUUUUAUUAAUUCGCGGGAUUACGCUACCCGGUGCGUUGGAGGGUAUUAAGUUUUAUAUUAUUCCAAACUUUUCAAAACUUUCCCAUUCCGAGGUCUGGAUCGACGCGGUUACACAAAUUUUCUUUUCGUAUGGACUGGGACUGGGAACAUUAGUGGCUCUUGGCAGCUACAAUAAGUUUACUAAUAAUGUGUAUAAGGACGCAUUAAUUGUUUGCACUGUAAACUCAAGUACAAGCAUGUUUGCUGGUUUUGUGAUUUUUUCGGUUAUUGGAUUCAUGGCGCAUGAACAAGAAAGGCCAGUGGCAGAAGUGGCAGCAUCAGGACCUGGAUUAGCUUUUCUUGUAUAUCCCUCAGCAGUGUUGCAACUUCCAGGAUCUCCAAUGUGGUCUUGUCUUUUCUUUUUUAUGCUUCUUCUAAUUGGUUUAGACUCGCAGUUCUGCACUAUGGAAGGCUUUAUUACCGCUAUCAUAGAUGAGUGGCCACAACUAUUAAGAAAACGCAAAGAGAUUUUUAUAGCUGUAGUGUGUUUGUUGAGCUAUUUAGUUGGAUUGACCUGUAUAACACAAGGUGGAAUGUAUAUUUUCCAAAUUUUGGAUUCGUAUGCUGUUAGUGGCUUCUGUCUACUAUGGCUGAUAUUUUUCGAAUGUGUUUCAAUAUCAUGGUGUUAUGGCGUUGAUCGCUUUUACGAUGGUAUUAAAGACAUGAUUGGAUAUUAUCCGACUGUGUGGUGGAAGUUUUGCUGGUGCGUAACAACGCCGCUUAUAUGUUUGGGAGUAUUCUUAUUUAAUAUAGUGCAAUGGACGCCAAUUAAAUAUCUAGACUACAAUUAUCCAUGGUGGGCACAUGCAUUUGGCUGGUUCACAGCAUUGUCGUCGAUGCUAUAUAUUCCGGCAUAUAUGAUUUGGUUGUGGAAACGAACGCCUGGCGACCUAUGCGAUAAAAUUCGGUCGAUUGUUCGAAUUGAAGAAGAUAUUCCACGAUUACGUGAGAAAAUGCAGAGGGAAGCCAUUGCAAAGGAAAUUGAUGCGGCUUAAAUGUAAUUAUUUAAGUAAUUUUAGAAAUAUUUUAACAUCCCUGCAAAGUGAUUCUGCAGUUACAGUUAUAGAAAUAAAUUUCGAUUUUAUUGUGUUCUUAUCUUAAAGCCAGAAGAGAAAUGAUGAUAAGCAUUUCGAAUAUACAUAAUUAUGAUAAUUUUUAUUUUUUGAAUUGUAAGUUGAAAUAUUUUUAAUUAGUAUAGAAAACUUUUUACUGUAUACUAUUGUAAAAUAUUUUGGCUUGAAGAAAACAAGUACCUAACGAUUAUUAUCACUGGUAAACGAUUUUAGCACAAAUAACAAAUUAAUAAUUUAGUUAUUUUAAUCAAAUUUAUGAUUAUCUAUUUCUGGUUAUCUAUUGAUUUAUUGUUAAGUCAAUGGCUUAUUAGAAAGUAAACAUAUUUGUUAAAUCUAGAAUUUACUUAUUAAUAAUAAUUUAAUAAUCUUUAAUCUAUGCCUAUAUUGUGCUCGCAGGACUUUAUCGUAGUCUAUUUGUAAAAAUUUAGACGUUAACUGUUUGUGUCAAUUAGUUUUAUUUUUUAUAUG